CCGGAAGCGGUGUCAGUACUGGGGAGCCGGCGGCGGGCGGCGGGUGGCCGGGACUUGUUGUUCUUUGCCGAGUCGGAACGAGUAGUCCGAAGCGCGCAGGCGGAGACGGCGACUGAGGGGAGCGCGAGAGCAGAAGCGCGCGUGAAGAGUGUGUCUACAGGAGCCGCCGCGCCCGGCCCCGCGCGCGACCCGGCUACGAUUUCCUGGUGGUUCCGUCCUGGUGACAGGGCCCGGGUUAUGACGACUAAUCCCAAGCCCAACAAGACAUUGAAGGUCAAGAAGGAGGCGGGCGAGAACGCCCCUGUUCUUAGCGAUGAUGAGCUGGUGUCCAUGUCGGUGCGGGAGCUGAACCAGCACCUGCGGGGGCUCACCAAGGAGGAGGUAACUCGGCUGAAGCAGCGGCGGCGCACACUCAAGAACCGAGGCUACGCCGCCAGCUGUCGCAUCAAGCGUGUGACACAGAAGGAGGAGCUGGAGCGGCAGCGGGUGGAGCUGCAGCAGGAGGUAGAGAAGCUGGCUCGCGAGAACAGCAGCAUGCGGCUGGAGCUGGAUGCCCUGCGCUCCAAGUACGAGGCCCUGCAGACCUUCGCACGCACCGUGGCCCGAGGGCCUGUCACACCCACCAAGGUGGCCACCACCAGUGUCAUCACCAUCGUCAAAUCCGCAGAGCUCUCCUCCACCUCUGUGCCCUUCUCAGCCGCCUCCUAGUGUCUGCUGGGGCCGGGCAGGGCGCGGGCAGUGGCACAGCCCUCAUGCCUAUCCCAGGCUCCCUGGUACAGAUUCCUCAUGUCUACCUGCCCACUGUGGACCCUGCAGGGCUGAGGGCAGGGACGGCAGGGACAGGCAGAUGCAGGAUAAAAGGGAAGCUCUCAUGAGCCAGUGCCACAAACAACCCCCACUCACAUCUCUCCUUCCCCUGGGGGUACGUCUCUAGGAGCUGACAGGAACCACAUGGGCAACCGCGAUGAACAACUCUAGGCCUCUGUGGCAGAGUGUGAGGACUCAGUCUUCCACUUCUCCGGUGCCUGCUUGUCAGCGUCAUCGGUGCCGUCCCCUCUAAGGGCCUCCAGCUGGGUUGGACACCAUCUGUCUGUCACUUCUGGGCUCUGGCCUUCCUGUCCUUACUAAAGGGCGCUACAACCUGCUUUAGCCCUUAGAUAGAGCCAGGCCUAUGUCCUGGGAAACAGUUCCUGAUAUAGCCACUUGCAGGGGCUAAUGUAUGUGUUCCUGUGUGUACACAGGCUAUCAUCACAGCCUGUGAAGACCGGAAACUGCUGGCCGAGUGGGAGAGCCUGGCCGGUAUGUGUGCUGAGGGUUACACGAGUGUCAUGAAGUGUCCCUGGAAGUCUGGUAGGCUGCACCCCAUUGUGGUGCAGGGGCCACCCGUCCACAGAGCCAGCAAAAGCCAGGCUCAGGUUCUCUGGGCCUUAGCCGAGGGGAGAGGCUGGAGAGGAGAAGGGGAAGCCUGAGAGAUGCUAAGGGGUAUGUUGGUGGCAUAUGUGUGUUGUUGCGGAAAGAACAGGAAUGAAGUAGACAGGGAUAGUGUGGAAGCCGAGGUCCAGGGGAUGUGGAAGAGGCCGAGAGGAAUAGUGUGGAGGGACAGAGACGACUUCUGGAGGGCCUUAUGCACAUAGCCAUUGUGGGCAGGUUGGCAAGGACCCCAGGCAGACUAUAGGUCGCACAUACUCUGCAACUUUGGUGUCCAAUUGUUACCUGCCUUUUCCUCCUUCAUAGCACUCUGGGGCCACUGGCCAUCUUGGGUUUUUUUACUGAAGGAAUUGUGUCCUCCAGAUCCUGGGAAAUAUGGUGGACAGGGAGUCAGGGGCAGGCUGAACCACAGCCAGGCACUUAGAAAGCACUGUUGGAACCAUAGCCUUGGUAGGUAAUCCAUAUUGGAUAUCAAUAAGGACCAUGGAUAUUUAAAGAGAGAAGAUAUAUAUAUAUAUAUAAUUAUACACACAUUUUAUCGUACAGAUUUUUCAUAACAAUUUUCUUUCCCAGUUUGAUACUGUAGAUCUUUAUUAAUGCAGAGUAGGUUGGACAGUGGGGUGGGGAACGGAGGCCCAGGGUGCCAACAGCCCUCCUCAGUCUUUCUGUGGUGGUGCUGGCAGGCCGGGUCACUGGAUGAGUGGUCUCCAGGGUAGGCAGGUGACCACUGACUGGCUUGCUGCCCGCUCCUGGCCUCUGGUGGUCCUCCUGGGUGGAGGCCCCAUACUCUUGGCGGCCAGAGGAGACAGGGCUGUCAGUACCACUGGAGCACCUACAGAGGACACCUGCCAGGAGGGGGCUGGGAAGGGUGUGAGCAUGCCCCAUGGCUUCGUGUCACUGAAAUUUCAUUGUCACAACUUAAUAUAUGGAUGCUUUUAUUUAAAGAUAAAAGUGAGUUUUCUGUCUCGUUCCUCUGACUUCUUAAAGCAAGCUUUAACUAUUUCAAAAGGUGUCAGGGACACAUGCCGACCAUGCCGAGGCCUGGCAUCAGCUGCCUGCCACUUGGCAGUUUCAUUUCAAUAUUUAUUUUUUUUUUGUGCUUUUUUUCCCCCCCAUGUUAUAAAUUAUUGAGAAGAGAUCAAGAUCACAGACUGUUGGCCCCGUCUGCACCCUGCCUCAUGGCCACCACCUAAUUUAUUGCUGUACAUGUCGCCGUGACUGCUUUUGUAUCUUUGCAAUAAAGAAUUUCCUGUUUGAGA